CUUGUCGAACACGGAAGGAAUAAACCGCGGACCAACGUGUUUCCCGUGUUGGGUGACCCCCAGGAUAAAUAACAUUUUAAAGUAUGAGGGAUUAAGCUUUGACACAAUGAUGCUCUCUGCUGUUCUCAGAAGAAGCGCUCUUGCAGCCCAGAAGGUAAGGCUCUGUGCAGGGCCUCCACAGAGAUGCUGGUCGUCAGCUUCUGAUGGCGGCUCACGCUCCCUGCAGACCUGCUGGGCCUCAACGGCAAGGCUGCUGUUUUUAGACGGGGGUGAUGGAGGAGUGAAAUGUCCUGCUGUCCUCAGCUUCAGGAGGACUGGGCUCCUCCAGAGGAUCCAGAAUGAUGCUGGGUCACAUCUCGUAAGGAACCGACAUCUUCACUCUUCUGCUGUGAGGCUAAAGAAACGACAGCUGCCUGAACCUCCGCCCAGGGAGCUGGACUUGUUGCGCUAUGACAUGAAGGACUUGUGGAAGAGUCCCAAACCUGCCCUGUACCUGGGCUUUGCAGGGCUGAUCCCCUUUGUCACGCCCACUCUGUUCAUGGCUGUGACUGAGAGCUACUCUCCAGAGUUGGCCUACGCUCAGUUAGCUUACGCUGCCUCCAUUGUCUCCUUCCUGGGUGGAGCACGCUGGGGAUUCGCUCUCCCUGAGAGCAGUCCAGCGAAACCUGACUGGAUGAAUCUGGCUAACAGUGUGGUUCCCCCCCUGCUGGCGUGGGUGACCAUGUUAAUGAGCGACAACAUCAUUUCUGCAGGAACCAUGGUCAUCAUGGCACUUGGAGUGUCCCUGCACUAUGAUCUGUCCCUGCUGCCCACCUACCCCAGCUGGUUCAAAGCCAUGCGGGCCGUCCUGACCACCGUGGCAUUUUUUUCUCUUCUUGGCACUCUCCUCAUAAGUGGAGCAUACCCGGAAAAAAAAGAUGUUCUCUGAUUAAAUUUAAAAAUGGCAUAUAAAAACUAGAAAGUCACCAUGUUCUCGUUUCUUCUUGAUGUUGAAGUUUUCUGUCUGGUUAUGUUUGAGAAUUUAAAGCUCAUGCCAGAAACUGUCCUCUGUAAAAACAAAAAAAUAUAUAUAACAAUUAUUAUCCUCUUAAUGUGCACUUAGUUUUCAUACGCCAAAUUAACCAAACUUCUAAUUGUCUUUCCACCAAAGGACAAUUCCUCUUCUGAAAGUCUUUUGUGGAAAUGUUCUUUUCAAGUUUACAAUCUUAAAUCACACUGACUUAAAAUUCCGUCUGCUCUUUUUGAUUCUAUCACUAAGACGUUCUACAUUUGGUAUCAACAUGUGGGUUUUAGUGGUCAGAUCACAAGUGGACAACAUUAUAACUACAGGUGUGAACUCUGGUGUCAUUGUUUUCACCUGGUGGGAGGCAGAAUUGUUUCUCAUCAGUGCUACUGCAGGUCACAUCCCUGGAGGGGGAAGACCUCAAUGUGGUCCAUCCGUCCUGUUUAUUCUUUGCAUUAACAUCCGUCCUGUUUAUUCUUUGCAUUAACAUCCGUCCUGUUUAUUCUUUGCAUUAACAUCCGUCCUGUUUAUUCUUUGCAUUAACAGCCGUCUUUGGUAAUCAGAUAGCACUCAGGUGCGGGCGUUUACAUUUUGCAUUAACAAUGCAUCCCUUUUGAGCGCUUUGAAUUUGGAUGUCACUUGCCCGUCUCACAUGCAAAUAAGUGCAUGUCCGUUUGAAAAGACUGAAUGUGUCAUCCUUCACAUUAAGCGAAGAGCCAGCAUUGUUCCACCAGUUCAAAGGUUAGUCUUUAAUGCUGCCCAGGAUGCAUGGCGUCUCCACUACCAAACCAGUCUGCAUAAACGCAUGCCAGACCACCUCUUCAUGUGGCUGAACUGUCGGAUCCUAGACGCUCCUCUGGAUGCAUUGAGACCUGCGUUCCCACCUUGCAUUAACGCCAUCCCCCUUGUUAUCAGAUCACCCAGGAUGGAUUUUAAUGAAAGGUAUAAACGGCCUGUUGAGCAUCAGGGCAGACUAGGUGUUGGAGGGUUUCACAUCAACUCAAGAUUGUCCUGACUCUGUGAAAUGUGCUGUGCUGGUCAUGAAGGACAAUUUGUACAAGUUCUGUGUUAAUAAAAGAUUAAAAUCUUA